AUGAGGGAAGUACAACAAUGGGCCUGGCUGAUAGCAUUAAUUUUUUGCCUCGCUACAAUUUGGGCAACUCCAGCAAGUGAUCAGAGGGCAAAAGAAGAAGCCUACCGGAACCAGCUACGCGAAUUUCGGCAGCAGCAAGGACGAAGGGGCCAUCAUAAUCAGCAUCAGCCGCAUCAUGCUCGUCAUAGGAGCACAGAACGACCAGAAGAUCCCUAUCGCUAUGCACAUCAACCAUCAACAAAUAGCUCCGAAUCACAACGGAAACCCGACGAGAGAUAUCAAGAAUAUCUCGAACGCUUUGAGCAGAUGAGGAGGGAACGUCAGAAUCGCGUCUAUGCGGAGACGCGGAGAAGACCCCCAAAAAAGACAACUACGAGUGCCGGUUUUCGCAAGGCCGAAGUCUUCAAAGUGCAGGCCCAGGUCGAACAAGAUUAUUUGGAGACAAACAGAAUUGGUUCCGCCGACUCGCAAUGGGAUCAACCGCGCAGAAUUGACAAUGAAAUAAUCAAUUCUGAGAAGAGACGCGAGCCGCACUACAAGGCCGAGAAAGAACGGGUUGAAGCUGAGAAGAAGCAUAAACAACAAGAAUCAUUGGCCAAAGAUGUCCUAGCUAGACAACGUGAAAAAGACCUCCGCGACUGGAAGGAACUCAAGGAGAGAAAAACGCCUGCGCCAAGGUUCACCGACCCUAGGUACUGGACCCAAAAGCCAAUUCAUCAUCCAUUUGACAAAGACGAGCACUACCCACCUAGUCAUAUACACGACCACCAUAGAAAACACCCGCCGCAUCUCACGCAUCCGUGGCGGCCACCAAUUCUUAGCAAUUCUAUUGAUCAGCCACUUACCUAUUACAACAUGGUGCGAACUGAUGAGUUGAAGGAAGCGGUGAUGCGCGGUGAAACCUGGGUGGUGUUGAUCUAUGCCCCGUGGUGUGCUCACUCUAGACGAGCGAUUGCUGAAUUCCCGAAUGUUGCUGCUCAGAUGUCUCAAGUGACGGGACGUCGGGUUUCGUUGGCUGCUUUUAAUGUGAAGAACUUCGAGCAUGCCCCAGUGCCACAUGAGCUGUACGCACGAUACAUUCCUACCGUGCGGUUAUUUGCACCGGAGAUCCACAACGCUGAUAAUUAUAUCGAAUACGACAGCAUGAUCCAAGCCAAAUGGCUAAUCCCUUGGAUCGAAGAACAAACUCAAGCCUUGAAUAUGCGAAGGCGGCAUCGGCAUCGUCGGCAUCACCAUCAUCACCAACCUCACAACCCUGAAGAA